GAGCGGAGCAGACGAAUAUUUUAUUUUUCCUAACAAAAACUCCGUUUAUUUAGGUUUUCGAGUUGAUUGUGGUCCAAUUAGGUCAUAGAAAAACCGCUAAAGAUGUCCAAGAUCUUCAAGAAAGGAGAGAAAACGUUCGAGACACCUCGUCCAUUUAGAUUGAAUCAUCAGAUAUUGUGCAUAACCGGAGUCAACUUUCAGAGGAAGUCAAUCAUCGGCUAUGUUGAACUACAUCUCCUUCCCCUUAGGUCAGGGGUCAAUCGGAUCUUCCUCAACAGCAAACAGUGCAGAAUCUAUCGUAUCUGCAUUAACGAGAUAUGGGAGGCGUCAUUCAUGUACAGUGAUCCGUCACUCUCCAUCUGCCAAAAUGAAACGAAACAGCGUAAUCUUGAUUUCUUUUCUGGCUGCCACAGUACAGCCAUGAACUCUGUUGACCCCGAUCAGGCCAAUGGAGAGUUAUUGAUUAAGAUUCCUCAAGACGCCAUGCAUCUUGUCAAUGAUCAGAAGAUGUUACAAGUCAGCAUAGAGUUUUCCUUGGAGAGACCCCAGGGUGGAAUUCACUUUGUCGUCCCUGACACUGAAGGAUCCAUGGCAGAGAGAGCUGCUCAUAUGUUCACCUACAGUCACGACAACUCAUCCCGGGCGUGGUUUCCAUGCAUCGAUACCUACUCAGAACCAUGUACAUGGAAGCUAGAGUUCACCGUCGAUAAAGCCAUGACGGCCGUAGCAUCGGGGGAUCUUGUGGAGACUGUGUACACUCUAGACAUGAGAAAGAAAACCUUUCAUUAUAUGCUCAAUGUGCCGACCUCUGCGCCAAACAUUGCAUUCGCUGUGGGGCCGUAUGAGAUUUUAGUUGAUCCAGUCAUGCCAGAGGUGACUCAUUUCUGUCUACCUCAGCUGAAGCCUCUCCUUGAACACUCCACAGCAUUUCUACAUGAGGCAUUUGAUUACUUUGAGGAGUGUCUGGGUACCAGAUAUCCCUACAGUAAUUACAAACAGGUGUUUGUAGAUGAAGCAUAUAGAGACUACUCCUCAUUCGCUACACUCUCUAUUCUCAGCACCAAUCUACUUCACUCGUCCCGCAUCAUCGAUCAGACAUUCAUGACCCGACGCUUCAUGGCGCAGUCCCUAGCCGAGCAGUACUUUGGUUGUUUCGUCAGCUCACAGAGCUGGUCUGAUUUAUGGUUGCCUAAAGGUAUCUCCAAGUAUCUGACAGGUCUACUGCUGAAGAGGAUGUUUGGGGUCAACGAGUAUCGAUAUCAUAUACACAAGGAGUUAACCUCACUCUGUCAGUACGAGCAACAGAUAGGAGGUGUCAUCCUUCAUUCCAAUCCUCCAACAGCCCAAACCACCAGCACCGAUGACACUGAGCCAGGUUCUACCAAACCCACCCCUAAGUCCGGGGAGAGCGGGGCGUAUUUCUCCAUCAAGAACCCUCACACGGUGUCCUGGAGGUAUCAUGAGAUGAUGAGGGUUAAGGCGCAUCUCGUCAUGAGGCUGAUUGAGCUCAGGAUCGGCCAAGAUUUGCUUCUUCAGGUGUUCAACAAGUUACUGUCUCUGGCUACUUCAGCUGCAACUCUUAAAUUCAUCACUAACUCCUGGGGUAACAUGCUCCUGUCGACAAGCGGGUUCUUGAAGUCAUUAUCAACUGUCUCCGGUAAGGAUCUUUCGUUGUUCUUGGACCAAUGGGUGUACCAAGGAGGGAUUGUUCAAUUCCAUGGCAGCUUCAACUUCAACAGAAAACGAAACAUUGUGGAACUGGAGUUGAGACAAGACCCUGGGCGGAAAGGAAUUCUGAAAUAUGUGGGACCGCUGAAGGUAACAGUUCAAGAGUUAGACGGAUCCUUUGAGCAUACUCUACAAGUUGAAGAUAACGUAACGAAAGGAGACAUCACUUGUCAUUCAAAAAGCAGAAGGCACAAGAAGAAGAAGAUUCCAUUGAUGAAUGGUGAGGAAGUGGAUAUGGAUCUUAGUACCAUGGAUGCUGACUCGCCAGUAUUAUGGAUCCGUGUGGAUACCAAGAUGACACUGUUACGUCAAGUUAUCUUCAAACAGCCGGAUUUCCAGUGGCAUUAUCAGCUGCGAUAUGAGAGAGAUAUUAUAGCUCAGAUUGAGGCCAUUGAGAAUCUUGAGAAGUUUCCGAGUACAUCUACAGUGAAUGUCUUAUCAGAGUCCAUUGAGAACAGACAAUGCUUCCACAAGGUGCGCAUGGUGGCUGCUCAUUCAUUAGCCAAGAUCUCUAACGAGCUGGUAGCGUCCUACAUGGGUCACACGGCUAUCAUCGCGAUGUUCAAGAAGCUCUUUGGCUCCUACUCCUGCGCUGAUAUCGUCAGACAAAAUAACUUCAAUAGCUUCAUGGACUACUUCUUACAAAAGACGUUACCCGUAGCACUUGCCACAAUCCGCAAUGGCCACUCACUGUGUCCAAGGGAAUCCCUCGACUUCCUGGUGGACCUGAUCAAGUACAACGACAACACCAAAAACAAGUUUUCAGAUAACUACUACCGUGCAUCACUCAUUACCGCAUUGACCAGGACAAUAACUCCAGCUGUGGCAAUGGUCAGCACAAGCGUUGAGAAUCUCACUCCAGAAACAAAGAUGGUCCUUGAGGAGGUGACUCGUUGUCUGAAUCUUGAGAAGCUCCUACCCUGUUAUCAUCAUCGAGUCACCAUCAGCUGCCUUCAAGCAAUCCGCACCCUCCAGAAGAACGGCCACCUACCCAGUGAUCCAACGCUGUUCCAGACCUACGCUCAGUACAGUCACUUUGUAGAGAUCAGAAUGGCCGCGUUAGAAUCUCUCGUUGAUUAUGUCAAAGUUGAAGCCAAUGCGGACAUCUUUUCGUGGCUUCUGGACAUCGUUGAACAAGAUCCCAUGCCAUCAGUCAGACAUCGUUUGUUCCAGAUGCUCAUCGAUAAUCCACCAUUUAAGCAUAGAGAAGAAUCACCGCUUAAUAACGAGGCUCUGGUGGAGAGAAUGUGGACUCUCAUGAACUGUGGUACGUCACACGAUGCCAGGUUGCGAUGCGAUGCUGUUGACUUCUACCACAGUCUAUACGGCAGGAGCCGUCCAUCUUGUCUGCCAAUACCUGAGUUUGGCUUGGUGCUUAAUUUAAAGGAGAAACGAACCAUGCUGAAUCCAUCUAUUGUAAUCCCCGACGAAGACUCUAUAGAGAGUGACUCACAAUCCCUGAAUGACAGUGAGGAGAUGAAAGAUGAGAGUCAGAAUUCCGGUUCAGAGAGCAACGUUGAUCGCAAACGGAAGACUAUCUCUCCCCUCCCGUCAUCCUCACAGCAACGAGGCGGGUCAAAGAGCGAUGAAGAAGUUGAGGAAGACCACGCCUUAAAGAGGAAGAAAUCUAUACUAGAGACGCAGAGUAGCGUCAUGUCUUCCGAGUCUUCGUCUGAUGAUGACGAAGCGCCCUCUAUGGAGAAAACCGACCAGGCUACAUCGAUCCACAGGCAGAUUAAGACGGAGCCCAGCACGCCAACAGCAACAAGUGUAAGAGUCAAGGAGGAGAUGAUGCCCAACCCUUCAUCAUUACCAGGUCUCUCUAAACCCAUGGAGUUCAAGUAUCGUAUCCCAAAACUAAAUCGCAGCAGUUCGGACAAAUCUUACGACCACAGCGGACAAUCGACAUCUGGAAGCAGCUUAAAUAAAUCACACAAGAAGAAGAAGAAGAAGGAUAAACAUCGACACAAGAAACGCCAUGAUCGGGAUGUUCAUGAUUAGAGAGGGAUGAUUGGAUAAUGGUUGAAUUAUCUCCUUACCAUAGUAGUAGUAAUCAGGGUUUUUUAUAUUAUAAGUUAUCACACAAGCGCGAGUGGAAAACGGAAAAAAAUAUAGCGCUUCUGCGU